CGCUAAACUAGCAAAUAUUAAAAGAAUGGCCGGCUAUGUUCUCUGCAAUCUUCAUUUCUCCAUCUUUUUGUCUUCUAUGAUUCACACGAUUCUCCUUCGUUCAAUAUAACCUGUUUCUUCUCCUUUCCAAUCUUCUCAAACUCUCCAAUAAAAUUAAGAACCAUGGUUGGCUUCCUUACUACAGACCCAUCUUCUCUAUUCAUCUUUUUUUAUUUUCUUCUUGCCCCUUCUCUAUGUGCUUUUGCAGACCAGUUAACUUCUUGCUUAGCUCAUAAUCACAUAGCCAACUUCACUGUAUUUCCUAGCACGGAAAAUGAUUCCACUGCUUACUUUAAUCUCCUUGAAUUUUCCAUUCAAAAUCUUCGCUUUGCAGAACCCAUGAUUCCUAAGCCUUUAGCCAUCGUUCUGCCAGAAAGUGUAGACCAGCUAGUGAAAACUGUAACGUGUUGUAGGGAAGGAUUGUUGGAAAUUAGGGUAAGAUGUGGUGGGCACAGCUACGAAGGGACUUCAUCUGUAGCCAGCGAUGGAGGUCCUUUUAUAAUUAUAGACAUGAUGAAUCUGAACAAGGUUUCAGUGGAUUUGGAAGCUGAAGUAGCAUUUGUAGAAGGGGGUGCAACUCUUGGUGAGACAUAUUGGGCGAUUGCUGAGGCAAGCAGCGUUCAUGGGUUCUCAGCUGGGUCAUGCCCAACUGUUGGUGUUGGUGGCCACAUUGGGGGAGGUGGGUUUGGGUUAUUAUCAAGAAAAUAUGGACUUGCAGCUGAUAACGUGGUUGAUGCACUUCUUGUUGAUGCCAAAGGACGCUUAUUAGACAGAAAAGCCAUGGGAGAGGAUGUGUUUUGGGCAAUCAGAGGUGGUGGAGGAGGUGUUUGGGGUAUUGUUUACGCCUGGAAAAUAAAGUUGCUAAAGGUGCCGGAAGCAGUGACUUGUUUUAUAGUCUCCAGACCUGGCACAAAAAGUCACGUCGCUAAGCUAGUAAACAAAUGGCAAUAUGUUGCACCGAGAUUGGAUGGUGAAUUUUACGUGUCAUGUUUUUUGGGUGCUGGUUUGCCUGAAACAAAAACUAUUGGAAUAUCAGCUACAUUUAAAGGGUUCUUUUUAGGUCCACGAAGUGAAGCUGUGUCUAUCCUGAACAAAGUCUUCCCUGAAUUGGGUAUUGCAGAAGAAGAUUGCAAAGAAAUGAGCUGGAUUGAGUCCAUUCUAUUCUUCUCAGGCCUAAGUGAAGGAAGCUCUGUCCCCGACUUGAAAAACCGAUAUUUGCAAGGAAGGCACUACUUCAAGGCCAAAUCAGACUAUGUGAGGAGGGAAAUUUCUUUAGCUGGUAUAAAUGGUGCCCUGGGUAUACUUGAAAAGGAGCCUAGAGGGUAUGUCAUAUUAGACCCAUAUGGUGGGAUGAUGCACAAUAUAAGCAGUGAAGCUAUAGCCUUUCCUCACAGAAAUGGUAACCUCUUCACAAUUCAGUACCUGGUGGAAUGGAAAGAAAAGGAUAACAACAAAAGCAAAGAGUAUAUAGAUUGGAUAAGAGAAUUUUAUAAUUCAAUGACACCAUUUGUGUCAUGGGGUCCAAGGGCUGCUUACAUCAACUACAUGGACUUUGACCUUGGAGUAAUGGAGGUGCUCAAAAUGAGGGUCCCAUCUGGGGAUGCAGUUGAGGUAGCUAAGGUUUGGGGUGAAAAGUACUUCUUGAAAAAUUUUGAUAGGUUGGUAAGAGCCAAGACGAUUAUUGAUCCAGAUAACGUGUUCAGAAAUCAACAAAGUAUUCCUCCAAUGUCGUCCUCAGCAUGCUCCAAAGCCAUGGUUUAAGAGGAAGACAGAUUAUACACAC